AUGACCUCCUUCUCCAAUAGACAUCUGGACCAGCUGAUUUGCGAGCAGAAGAGGCAUGCAAAUAAAGAAUACUUUGAUAUCCUGGAUUUGACAAAUUAUUCUGACAAUAGUGUGAAAGAGUUUAUCAUCUCUGGAUUUCCAAGACUUCAAAAAUUUUCGCUUUUGCUAUUUUUCAUAUUUAUAGUUAUUUAUCUUUUCACAAUAACUGGCAAUGGCCUUAUAUUCUUCCUUAUUAAUUUGGACCGAAAGUUACAGACCCCUAUGUAUUUUUUUGUCAGAAAUUUAUCUUUCUUGGACAUGAGUUACACCUCAGUUACCAUACCCAGGAUGUUAGUUAAGUUCUCGAUCGGUUUUGAAAUUAUUUCCUACCCCGGUUGCUUUACACAGAUGUAUUUAUUCAUCUCUUUUGCUGCUGUUGAAUGUCUACUUCUUUCUGUGAUGGCCUAUGAUCGUUAUAUAGCUAUCUGCAAUCCACUUCAUUAUCAUGUUACCAUGACCAGGCAAUUAUGUAUCUUUCUUACUCUCGUAGCAUGGAUUGGUGGAUUUUUAUCUCCACUGACUUCAUUAGUCUUAGCUCUGAGGUUGCCUUUUUGUGGCCCAAAUGUUAUCCACCACUACUAUUGUGAUCAUCCACCUUUACUCCAACUGGCUUGCACAGACACUUCUUUAAACGUGAUGGUGGGAUCCUCUAUUAGUGCUUUUGUUCUUUCAGUAUCUUUCACUCUAGUUGUUGUGUCAUACAUUAAAAUUAUCAUUGCUGUCCUCAAAAUAUCCUCCAGCAGUGGACGCCUCAAGACCUUUUCCACAUGUGGGUCCCACUUUGCAGUGGUCAACAUCUUCUUCCUACCUCUAAUCUUCAUGUACGUACGUCCAACUCCAUCGUAUUCUUCAGAUGUGGACUCGCUUGUAGCCAUGUUUUACACAGUGUUAACACCCAUGAUGAACCCAAUAAUAUACAGUUUUAGAAACAAGGAUAUAAAAGAUGCAUUCAGAAAGACAAUAAAAUGUUAA